AUGGCGCCGCCGUCGCAGGCGGCCACCGGCAAGCGGGAGAAGCAGCACAAACCCGCCAAGAGCCUCGCCGUGAAAUCAACCAAUCCCGUCUCCAAGAAGACGCACAAGCAGAAGAAGCCGCGCCCACCUGCUGAGCAGGACCAAACCAACGAUGCCGCCGCCGCCGCAGGUGAACCCGCGGGCGGUGGCGUCCUCUUGUCGGCCGCGCUUCCGCCGGCGCGGCAGCUCGAGUUCCUCCUCCGCAGCUUCGAGCGCGCCGCCAAGAUGCGCCUCUCCCCACUCGAGCUCGGCGCCUACUCCGAGGGGUGCAUGGUGCAGCUCGCGGAGGGGGCGAGCCAGGACGUUGAGAGCUUCGGUGACCAUGUGAAGGGGGCCUUCGGAGCGACGUGGAAGGGGGAGCUCUGUGAGGGGAAGCUCGUUGAGGGGUCGAUCGAUGCGGGCAGCCCGGCGCUCCUGGUUAUCAGCUUGGGCGCACUGAGAUCACUGGAGCUUCUGAGGGGGUUAAAGAUGUUUACUAGAGGAUGCCGUUCAGUAAAGCUCUUUGCCAAACACAUGAAAGUGGAGGAGCAGGUCACGCUACUUAAAGAUCGAGUUAAUAUAGCCUGUGGUACACCCAGCAGAAUCAAGAAACUAAUUGACAUGGAAGCUUUAUCGCUGUCACGCUUGAAAUUAGUGGUACUCGACAUGCAGAGGGACCCGAAGUCGUUUAAUUUGUUUACGCUACCGCAAGUCAGCAACGAGUUUUGGGACCUGUACAAGGGAUAUCUAGAUGAGAAGGUUAGAGGAGGCGACACAAGAAUAUGCUUUUAUGGUGCUGUUUCUGAGAAAGAUGCCAAGAAAGUCCUAACGCCUGCUGAGUAA